UGAAUCACAAUCAUUAGUUAUUUUCAACCCCUCAGACAGACGCAAAAGACGGUCCUGUAAUUUCACUAAAAAGUAAAAAGCAUGGCCUGCAUCAGACGGAUCAAUUACUCUGUUUUUGAGUUUAUUAUUAUUUUUUUUUUUUUCACUGAAUGCUUAGCGAUUCGAGUCAUUAAACUCUUGACUGACGUAACUGUGCUCUUGGAUAUCAUUUUGGCUAUUCUUCCCAUUUCUCCACACAACGAUGUGGCCCCGGCCCCUCCGCUGGAAAAAAUGGAAAGAGGAUUGCAGCCGACUUUGUUCCUGCUGUUGCUUCUGUGGCCCAAAGGCGCCAUGUUGUCCCACUCCAACUGUCCCUACAGAUGCCAGUGUUUUACCCCGAUCCAAGUCCUGUGUGCUGAUGAACACAUGACAUCAGUGCCCAAAAAUAUAUCCCGGGAAGCCAAGGAACUCGUCAUAAUGACAUCAGCCUUGCACUACCUGUUCCCCAGCAGCUUUGAGGAGGGUCUCCAGCUCCACAAGCUCGUCUUCUUCAACAAUCAACUGCAGAAUAUUCAUUCUCAGGCCUUUCACAACUUAUCUGAGCUUGAAGAACUGGAUAUCAGCGGGAACCCCUGGCUGGAGAAUUUGUUUCUGGGGACUUUUUCCAAGCAAGAAAACCUUACCAAGCUGCAGCUCAACUAUAACAAGUUUCAAACGCUUCUUCCUGGUAUCUUUAACUCUCUUAAACAUUUAGAGACCCUGGAGAUGAAAGCCAACACCAUAUCAGUUUUGCCUCCAUUUUUGUUUCAGAAGCUUCAAAAUUUACGCGUGUUGGAUUUAUCUCUUAACAGAAUCCAGAACGUAGAAAGAGAGACUUUAUCUGGCUUGACUGGACUGGAGAUACUUAAAAUGAGCAAUAACCAAAUUAGCAAUAUUUCAUCAGACACUUUCCAUCAUGUGGGUCAGCUGAUGGAGCUUCACUUGGAGGGGAAUAGAAUAUCGGAACUUGAUGAUGAAAUCUUCUCCGCAUUCACCAAACUCAAGGUGCUGAACCUCCGCAGAAACCAUCUCUUAACUUUCAGCGGUCAAGUGUUUGGACGCCAGGUUUCAAAUUUAACCGAGUUGGACCUGAGAGGAAACAGACUGACGAGGGUGUCCGCUUUCAGCCUGCUGAAAUCACUGACCGACGUUCUCUUGUCAUCCAAUCAGCUUUCGAGCCUUCCUGACGACAUAUUUAGAAAUGUCACCACACUAGAGAACUUGGAUCUCUCAGAAAACCAGCUCACGUCAUUACCAGACGGAAUCUUUGAUGAUCUCAAGAGCAUCAAAAUCAUCCAUCUCCAUAAAAACAAGCUGAGCAGCUUGGAUCCCGGAUUGUUUAAGGACCAGGGGUUCAUUCAGCAGCUUUACCUGUCUGAGAACCAGCUGCAAAAUCUCCCUCCGGGCCUUCUGGACCACUUUGCGCUCCCGCACAUACUGCGACUAUAUGGAAACCCUUGGAAAUGUGACUGCCACAUGUGGUAUUUGCAUGAUUUCGUGCUGAACAAUGACCAGGACAUCGAGAUGCCGGACAGGAUGCUGUGCGAGAAUCCCGAGUUCCUGCGGAGGCGAUCAGUGGCGUCCAUUGGCAGGGACGAGCUUCUGUGUCAUUUGCCCAGGGAUGAGAGGAUGGACCUGAGCAGCUGUAGCCUUCAAAAGUCCGGUGACUCACUGCUCAUCAAGUGCAAAGUGGACAAAUGUUCGCCACUGACUGUAAAAGUCCAGUUUUUGGAGCGUAACGGAAGUACUCGAGAACACAUUUGGAAAAAUGACGGUUCGGAGUGCAGCAAUGUGACAAUAUCAGAGGUGCCCAUGCCAUAAACCUCUCUUGAUUUCUUUACGAUUUGACAGAGUCAAAUUGCCUUUGUCAAGAGUUGCCAGAUGUGUUCGCUCUGUCAGUCAAUUCUGCAAACAAACGCAGCAGAUGAUUACCGGCAUGCGAGGGUGGAUGAACCUUUUUUUUGCAAGGUUCAAAGGUUCAGUCCCCCUCUUGUUGCGAUGCUAUCGUCACCAAAAGGGACAUGUUAAUCAUCCAUCAGCAUGUACAGUCACACGUACACUAGACCAGCGUAUCCCAACCGUUAUUGAGCAAAGGGAUGUUUUUAUACAUUAAAAAAAAAAAUCUCUCUGCUCACCACCAAACAAAAAUCUCACAAAAAGUGAAUACCCUUUUUCAAAUAUAUACCUUCUACCUUCUGGUGGAUGAUCAUUUAAUUGUUUUGUCUCAAUUAACUCAAUUAAGUGACAUUUUUUUUUUUUUUUUUUGGCGCAAUGGUUGGAAAUCUUCCAAGGUUCACGGUUUUAUCCUGUGUGGAGCCCCAUAAUAACAAAAAAAUACAGAUUUAAUAGAAAAAGAAAGGUAGUGCAUUAUAAAGUUUUUGUGAAAAUGUAACAUUUCCUGUCCUUGUCAAACAAAUUUACAGUUUGUGGGGGUCACCAGCAUGAUGCCUGCAGGCACUUGGUAGCCCCC